AGGUUUCCCGCUGGACGUGUGGUCGCAUAAUACGACCCGUCAAAAGAUUCUCUCCCUGUUCCUGACACGACAAAGAAAAGCAAACGCAAACCUCAGCGAUCUUUGGCCCAUUUAGUCGGAAUCAAUUAAGCUCCUCGAUGUUGACGAGGCAAGCACGCGAAGGGCGUCGGCUGUGUCCCGUGAGCGUCCAGCUCUGCAAUAUCUUUUACGGAAGAAGAAGUGUAAGUGUUAAUUCAUAGUAAGUGCGUAGACGAACCUUGAGAGAGCAUGUGCAUGUUAGUUUCAUUGGGCAUACAUAAUUGAGGCAAUCUUCUUCUCCCCUCCUCGUCAAAGAUUAAAAGUUCCUCAAAGACUGCUGUAUUUCCUCUGCUCAACAAAAUCAUAAAAUUAUACGGGUACCUGUAUUUAGCUCCGCUUCGCUCAACAGUACAUGUUUACGCGAUAGAUCUCAUGGAUGGCUAGCCUGGGCGCUCCUGCGGUAGCAAACCCGAACGUCCCCGGUGGCGGCGGUGCCUCCUCUGCAAGCUCGAGCAGCAGUGGUCUCAACAUGGAGCGCCGCGGCCGAAUCGACUACACGCGGCGGAUGGAGGUUGACCAAAAGGCCAUGCUGAUCGGGGCCCGGUCCAAGCGGGGUCCGCUCAACGUGAUGGAGGGCAUGAAUGGCUCCUCUUCCUCGUCCUCGCAGCAGCCGGGUGGUCAGGGUGCCAUGGCCGGGGGAAAUCAGAUACUCCAGGAGGAAAACGACGAAUACAUCUCCUCGCUGCUGGGGAAGGUGUCCAGUUUGAAAAACGUGGCUCAGGGAAUUGGACAGGACGUGGCGGCCGGCAAUCGCAUUCUGGAUGGACUUUCGGAGGAUUUUGAACGCGCAGGGGGCGGCCUGAAGGGCACCAUAGCCUCCCUGAACGGGAUGAUGAAGCGCGGCGCAGGAAAUCAUAUGUGCCACAUGCUCCUCUUCGUGUUGUUCAUCUUUUUCCUCAUGUGGUGGUUCAUGUGACCAACAGGAUCGAUGUACUUGCUUCACCCGAACUGCGGUUGUCUGCAUUUCCUACUCCCAAAAACCCGGAACACCCCCAACGAUAGCGACAACCUUGAUUUCUGACUACAAUUUUUCACGCGCGACGCUCGUACAAGGCACUUCCCCACUAGCUCUGCUGACUGAGUUUACG